AUGGGAAAAAAGAAAUGGGCAAAGAAACAAACCGGUGAGAAAACCCCUUCAACCCGCAGGGAAGAAACCCCAGAAUCGCAACAGCCAACAGAAGAGCGGCCGUCGAACUCGCAACCACAAGAGCCAAGUCCUCAGGCUCCGGCGAUGGUCUCUUUGAAUGCACUAACAGAGUUCCUCAGACAGCAGGACCUGAACAAGGAUUGGGCGGCUGCGUUGGCAGGGUUUAGCCAAAUCGGAGGUGGAGCAAGCAUGACCGGAGAAGCCCCGGCAGUACCACCCACUUCCAUUCCGACUUCCUCAACAAUUCCACCAGAAAGGGAAUCUCCCUCGGCGACCACACCGCCAGAGCCCUCGGAACCCACCCAAACUCCACAACAAAGCGACUCGAUGGAUAUUGACCCCAUCUCCGCCUACUAUGAUUCUGACCCAGGGGAAAGGGAAGCGAGAAGAAGAGAGGAGCAGAAGAGUCAAGAGGGAGGAGAUGAACUAGAAAGAAUGUCGGUAGCGGAGUCUACUCCUCAAGAAAUGGAGAGGGAAGAAAUAGAUCUGAAUGAAACGGCCAGAAAGCAAGGCCUUAUGACCGAUGAGGAAUUUGAAGCGCUUUUAAGCCAAGUGACUCGGAUGGACGAUGACACUGCCACGAUGGCUGAGGGUCUGGACCUCGCAUCAGGGGCAGUAGGAGAGGGUGGAGGAGCGAAUACAGGAAAUAGCUCGGAAGACCAAGUCAACCAACCAGAAGAUGAGAGAGAAGAAGAGACAGAGUCAAUAACUCCCCAGACAGAGGCGAGGGGAAGUGAUGCGCAGAUUGAGGAAGAGAAAGCAGUAGCAAGAACAGAGGUACCAGAACCAGUGGCACCUCCAGUGAUAAAACCGAAGGCCGUCAAGCAGAAGUUGGUGUAG